GUUAGUGUAUUCCACUCGUUCAUAAUUGCAUUAAUUAAUGCCCAACUCCAGUCGACAACGAUAACUGAGAAUAAUGGCCAGCUAAAACGUUUAGUUCGCAAAAAUGUUUCUUUGUUAAUUACUAACGAAUGGCUGGCCAUCUACACCUAAUAUUUUAGGUAUGUACGCAGGGCACUCCCCCUACAAAUAGUAAAAAGUUGAUCUAAAUCCGAGAGCAACAUCAUGCGGCCUCUCCUACUAUUUCAAAAACAGAAAAAAAAUUUGAUCGAAAGAAAUUCUUGAAUUAUAAAAGGAUAUGGAAUAACAAUCAGGGAAAUAUACGAAGUAUUGUACUAAAUGUAUUACAAUCUCGAUCCAAAGAUACAACGAAUAUUAUGACAAAAUCUGUACAUGAAGAGACUACUUCAAAACGUUGUAAUGAAACGUUACACAAAAUAAAUUAUGAACCGUUACACAAUAGUUUAGCUACACCACAGCGAUGUACUGUAAGAUCGACGCGUAAAUUACUUUUUAAUGAAAAUGACAUGGAAAAGUUGACUGAUAUUGAUAUGCAAUGCGAAAGUACCAUAGAUUGCGUGAAUAAUAGUGAUAAUACAUUUAGCAGUAAAGGUGACAAUAGUGACAGUUCUAUACAAUUUCAUAAAAAAAAUGACAAGAAAAAGUUGACUGAUGUUGAUAUGCAAUGCGAAAAUAACAUAGAUUGCGUAAGUAAUAGCGAUAAUACAUUUAAUAGUAAAAGCGACAAUAGUGAUAGUUCCAUACAAUUUCAUCAAAAGAACGUAAACUUACAAGUACAAAAGAAAUUUUCCAUUUUGCAAGGACGAUUUCAUAUUCAACGAAAUAUCAUUUUUAACGAAUAUGAAAUCAUUAACAGAGAUAAAAUACGAGAAAUAAUACAAUACAAUAUGGUACAUUUGCUACAUUUUCUAUGUCCGUUAAAGUUUUAUGGCGGAAUACGACGUAACAGUGAUUGUUUAGUAGCAUACGCAAAGUGCAGAUACAUCAGUCAUGUACAACAAUUUAAGUUUGAUAUAGAGAAUUUAAAUAAUGCUAUUGUUGAUGUAUUUGUUUCAAGUACAAAAUGUACUGAAAUAUUGCACAAAGGACCACCUAUUUUUUUAAAUUUAAAAGGUGAAUCGCGAGAUCAGGCAAAGUUAAAAAUGAAUUAUAUAUCUCCUCGAAUGUUGCAAUUAAAAAUAUUGGAAAAUGUGGAUCAUGAACUUGCUAAUGAUGGAUAUUUUGAAGAAUUGCGUAGACUUAGUACUUAUCAAAAAACAAAAUCUGAGGAAAAUAAAAAAAAUGACUCAUAUCUUUCUUCAUACGAUUUAUCUGAUUUAUUUCAGAAAUAUAUUAUAGAUCAAGAAUCUAAUGAUCCAUAUAUACGAAAUGUAAGUUUGCCAUUCCAUGUAUACAAUAUGUAUACAGAGGAACAAAUUAAUGUAUUGGAUAAAAAUGACAUUAUAAUUCAUUUUGAUGCUACUGGCUCUAUUAUCCGUAAACCAAAAGGUAUAAAGUGCAAACGCAUUCUAUAUUAUGCAAUCGUUGUUAAUAAGAAUGGUACUAUACUUCCAGUAGCUAAAAUGAUAACCGCAGUACACGAUAUUAAUGCAAUUAGCAUAUUUUUAAAAACAUUCCGACAUUUUUUGCGAACUAAACGUUUUAGCUGGCCAUUAUUCUCAGUUAUCGUUGUCGACUGGAGUUGGGCAUUAAUUAAUGCAAUUAUGAACGAGUGGAAUACACUAACAGUAUCACAAUAUUUAGAAGAAGUUUACAUAACGCUUAAUAAGAAAGAAAUAAUACGUUCAAACUUAAUUGUUGUACAUAGCUGUUGUGCACACUUUCAAAAGCGCAUUUCGUCUACUAUUUCUAACAAAUUUUCGAAAAGUAUUAAAAAUAAAAGUCUCAUAUUAGAGUGCAUGGGUAUAUUGAUACAUUGUAACACUUUAGACGAUUUAGAUUAUUGUUAUGAAAAAUUUAUGAUCAUAUUAUUGACAUCAUCUAACAAAGAGGCUCAUAAUAUUAUAGUAUUAUCAAUAUGAAAA